UAUACAGUAAUUUAAAGGGCGUGUACGCCUAUGACAACUCGAAACUCGAAUCCAAGAACAGAAGAAGUAGUUAAAAACGUGCUAAAAUGGUUCUUCUUUCAGGCACGUCAUUCUUGUAAGAAAACUGACAUUAACCUUGGACUUUGGUGUUGAUGACUGAAUGUAUCACACAAUUCGUUUAGAAUAUAAAAUUUUGUCAAAAUUAUUAAUGCAGUUAUUACUUUUGAAUGUUGUUUAGUCAUGUAUUAUUUGUUUUCAUGUAGAUCUAUGUAUUGCCGUAUUAUAACAUUUCUUUUGUGAGUUUUCAUUUGUACUGAAUCACCCUAAAAAGGGCACAUUGAACACUAGUAAAUCUGAAACAUAGUAACAAAUUUGAUCAUUAUGCCUUCAAAACAAAGGAAAAUAGCUGUUAUGGGUUAUAGAUCAGUAGGAAAGUCAUCACUGAGUAUACAGUUUGUAGAAGGUCAGUUUGUGGACUCCUAUGAUCCUACAAUCGAAAACACUUUUACUAAAUCUACCAGAAUUAAUUCUCAAGAUUACGAAUUAAAAUUGGUAGAUACUGCUGGUCAAGACGAAUAUUCAAUAUUCCCUUCACAAUAUAGUAUAGAUGUCCAUGGCUAUGUUUUAGUGUACAGUAUAACUAGUAUGAAAUCGUUUGAUGUAGUGAAAUCUAUUUACGAAAAAUUAUUAGACAUUACCGGAAAAGAACAUGUUCCAGUAGUUUUAGUUGGUAAUAAAACAGACUUACAUUUAGAAAGAGCAAUUCCUUCAGAUGAAGGAAGAAGACUCGCAGAAGAAUGGAGAGCUACAUUUUUAGAAACAUCAGCAAAACAAAAUGCAUCUGUUUCAGAUAUAUUUCACGUUUUGUUGAUGGAGAUCGAAAAAGCUGAUGGCAAUAUCAAUGAAAAAUCGAACUGUGUUAUUUGUUAAUAAUUGGUUGUUUGGAUGGUAGAGUAAGUUUACUGUGUGUUGAAGGUUAUUAUGCUUAUAUUUUUUAGAAGUAACUACAGGUUGCUUUUUCCAAGGGUAAAUAGUUAACACAACAUAUUUUGUGCAUUGUAUGAAAGCAUUCUACUGAUUAUUCUGCUAGUCUGAUUGUACUUUGCCCACUGUGUUUUAUUGUCAUUUUUGGCAAUGAUAAAAACUUAUUUUUUUAAGAAUAAUAAAAAAGACAGGCUCUUUUUAACAACCAAUUGAUAAAAGAAAAAAACAAAUUUUUGUCAACCUUUUGUUUUGUUUUGUUAUGUUAUGUAAACAUGUGAUACUGUUUGGGCUUUUUAGUACCAAGAACAUAGAUUUUUAUUUUUAUAAUCUUGUUUUUAAUGAGCUCUUAGGGUGAUACCAUAAUAUCUGUGUGUUGAGGUACAUCAAAACAUUAAAAAAAGUAAAUUCAAUGAAAAUUUUUAUUUUUCAUGUAGGCUAGAUUUUCAUAUUGCUAUUGCAAAUUGUGUUCACUUUAUAUUAAUCAAUAUUGCAAAUGUCAACGAUGUCCUGUAAAUGUGUCCUAUAAAAUGUCCUAUAAAUCUUUAAAUGUUUUACGAUAAUAUACAAUGUGAUAGGCUAAUUAUUUGAAUCAUUGAUACACAAACUAAGAUGAUACUUUUUAUUUAAAGAAAUAAAGCAUAUUUAAGUAAUUAGUCGUUCGAAGUUUGCUCAGUUUUUUUGUUGAAUAAGACAGCAUUGCAACUCUUUCCUCAACUCGCUUUUUCUCUUUAUUUUACUUUAUUAGAAUCUAGCACAAGUAACUAUUUUUGUGAAUACUACUUUACUAGUUAAAAUUCGACUUGAAAUAGUAAAUAAAAAUCAUGAUAGCACAACAGACCUACUGGUCCAAGGUUGUACAACUUCUCUUCAUCUUCUGCUAUCUCUAGCAUUAGUUGUUUAGUUUUUACUCGUUUUUUCAAUAAUUUUUCGGUUCUAUCUCCAACUAAAAUCCUUAAAAUCAUUUUCUACCUUAUUCUUUUCACUUCCCUUCUUACAGUCAUAUACUUUUCUUUAUUAUCUUUACUUGGAUUUAUUAUCAUUUUACGCCUUGUCCCCUUCUUCGCUUAAUACCGUUUCACAUUAUUCAUCAAGUUUUUUCUUUUUCUAUCCCAAUUCCUCUCCAUCUACUAUAAAUUCAUUUUGUACAUACCUACAUUCCUAUAUUUUCUCUUGAGUUCCUUGCAUAUUUUCUCAUUUCUUUCUUUCAAUGUCAGAUCAUUAUUUACAAACAUUUUUUCUCUUUUUCUUUUUUUCAAUAUAAUUUAUUUUUGAUUAUUUUUUGAGCCUUCCUACCCUUUUUUCAGCCUCGUUUUGUUUGUUUCUUCUAACGGUUUAUUCAUUUUUAGGUCUGACUUUUGAAACUGUUUUAUCUCUUCUUUAGGUUCUAUAUUUUCUUAUCUCUUUUGGAAGGAUUGAAAUAUCGUCAUCAUCAUCGAAAUCUUCAUCUUCAUAUUCUUUUUUUCUAUUCGUGGCUGGCUGGUGAUCUUGGUUUCUUAUUUGUCUUAAAGGGAAAUUCUGAAUCUCUAGUUUCCUUUUUUAUAAUCAUAUUCUAUUCAUUGUCUGUAUGUAUUUUAUGUCCAAAGCAGCAUUAUGAAAAGGGAUAUUUUACCUUUAAGGUUCAGAGGUAACUAAAUAGGUGCUUCUAGAACAUUCCACAAUUAUUUAUUUGCUAAAAGAGGGUGGCAUCUGUUGUCUAGCAACCAGUUAAGUGUAAAAAAGCGAUUUAAUAUCACUUUUAUAAAAUUGCAUUCGCUGUUCUUUCAAUUCAACUGUCUAGCAUAUACUACAAACAUAUUUAUCUUUUAUAGACUUCUUAAAAUUUAUAUUUACAAUUAUUUAUUCGUCUAUGAGGGCCAAAAGUGUUAUAGAUUCGAGAAAAAGCUAUUAACUUUUUAUUCAUUUUCGGUCACUAAUAAUAUACUAUAUAUACGUUCAAGAUGUUCAAUUUAAAAUGAUUCACAUAAAAACUAAAAUUUAUAACUGAAUGAAACCCAAACUGUGAUCAUAUUGUUGUCAUUGUUUGUUUUAUUAUUUAUUUAUUAUUUAUUAUCUCGACAUAUUCAAAUACAUAGCUCAAAAUAUACUCUAAAAAAUUAUAUGUAUCUAUUAGUUGUACUGCUGAACUAGUAAGUAAAUCUAUAAACUAUUUAUGGAAUAUAAUUAUUUUUGGUGUUAUUUUAGAAACUUAUAACUUUAGGAACAAGUCUACUUUUGAACGAAUGGAACACCUUUUAUUGUUUUAUACUUUUGAAAUUAACUUAAUACAUAAAAUACUUUAAUUUGAUUGAAAUACGUUAAAAUAAGUGCUCUGCACCUAAAUGUUCACAAUAACCCAGUUUUUAUAUGAAACUCUUGCCUAGAUAAAUGUAAUUUCAGAGAAAUAUUCAUCAUUACAAAAAAAUAUUCAUUAUUAGUACAAAAAAAUUCAACGACGUAAGAUCUGGUGAUCUAGGUGGCCACUCGAUGGUAUCCCUUCGUUUUCACAUCUUUUACCAAGUGCAGUUUUAUUUUUGAUUGUAGCUUUCAAAAAUAUGAAAUUAACAGGGUGUCUUGAAUUGUAUAUAUUGAAAAAAGAGUAUCAGCAGUGCUAGACUUACACGAAUAACCCUAUUAUAUUUAUAGAGCGAUUCUUUGGGGAGUUCUAAUUAGAUAUUAUAGAGCAACUUGGCAUAAUGAAUAUCUGAAAAGUUAGGAUACCGAGUUUUUGGGUGUAUUUUUUAUAAAAUAUUUAGACAAUAAUUAAGCAUAUCCAAAAACCCAUUAUCAAAAAAAAUCAGUUAUUAAUUAUGUCUCUAUUUAUAGUUUAAAAUGUCUAAUUGAACUGCCUUAGAAUCCUCCUGUAUAUUAUUGAUAUUUUAGUUCAUAUAAAGUAAUAAUUUCCCUCUAAAGUUGAUUUGUUUAGUAAAAUUUUGCCAAUUGACGCCAAAAGUAAUUAUAUUCCAUAAAUUAUAUAUCCAACAGUUUUAUACUCAUGGAAGAAAUACUUGUCUGACUUGUCAAAACAAAUAUUCUUUAUAAAAGACUCUAUUCUUUAUAAAACACAUAUCUAGGCUCGUAUCUAAGUCUCGUUUAUACGUAGGCUAAGAUUGACUACUUAAUCAUAACUACACCGUCCAAUUCUAAGGAAACUAUUACUAUCAAGCAGAAGACCGGGUUCAGUAACUGAUACCGCCGAAUUUCUAGAUAUUUCAAAUAUUAUUAUAUUUAUUAUAUUUACAAUAUAUUUAUUAUAUUUUACAUAUUUAUAAACAGUAGCACCACAAUUCUCUUUUUAUUAUUCUCUUAAGAUGGUUCACUUUUUCGAAAUAGCCUUUGGUUUAAACCUUGUAAAGUAGCUCCACAAAAAGAGGUCAGGUGGGGUAAACUCUGGAUAUUUUGGAGGCCAACGAAAGUGCUUACAUCUUCUGGUAACUCUGUUGUUAAGUUUUAUUUCUUUUAUUUAUUUUAUUUAUUUUAUUAUUUAUAUCUUUUAUUUAUUUCUUCUAUGUAUUUAUUUUAUUUCUUUCCAGUUUAUUAUUGUGUAUGUAUUGACACAAUAUUUAUUACGAAUUUCCGGAUUCACAGAGAUUUAUUAAGAAUAUUUUUGCAAGAUAAGGUUUUCUUCCUAUAUUUAAAUUUGCGUAAACUUUGCAUCUAUAGUUAAUUUGUAAAUUAUUAUGUAUAGGUAAUUGUAAUAGUUUUCUUUUAAUAUUUUGAGAGAAAACUAUUUUUAGACCUGUGUACCAAAUAUUGGUACAUAGAAAUGUAGAUUCCAUAUUUUACUUAGGUUUCAAGUGUGAAUUUCAAAUUAUAAAAAUAUAAAUACGUGGUACUUGAUAGUGAAUCGUGUUGGUACCAUUAUUUGUCUUAUUUAUUACCAGUUUAUUAUUUAUUAUCUUAAGUAUACUAAUUACUACCAAAAAUUAUGUCAUUAAACUAGGGGGUUAUUUGUAUUCAAAUUUAAUUAGUUUAAGUAGUUUAAUUUAAUUAGUUAAUAUAUACGUUAUAAAGUUAAGUAUACUUUAUAUGUUUUGCACCAAUUUUAAUUGCCACGUUAACAAUAGUAGAUAAUUCCAACAGUUUUCUUCUGAAAGAAGAAAUAACUUAAAUGUAGACCUUGGUACCAAAUAUCGGUACACAGGAAUUAAGAUUAUAGAUUUUAGUUAGGUUUCAGUUGUACAUUAUUAGUCCAGGGCGCAUCUGUUUUGAGAUGGACGUUGAGAGGUGACUCAAUUUUUUUUGCAGAAAUUACUUGAAAAUAACUCAAAUAAUAAUAUUUGAGUUAUCCUCCCACUCAAAAUGGUCCGGAACAUUGUUUAAAUAAUCAAAAUGUCAAAAUAUGAAGGAAAAAUUCGAUUUUUUAUUGGUUUUUUGAUUAUAACUUUAAUAUUAUUCAUUUCUAAGAAAAGUUGUACUGACAUAAAAGUUGCGUUAUUAAAUUUCCUACAAUGUAGAAUCGGUUAAAAAUUAAAAAAAUAGCCACCCUUGUUGCAAAAUAGCAAUAAUUGCGAAAAAAACCAUACAAAUACAAGUAUUCGCAUUUUACGUUUUUCAACCAUUUAUGCUACACUUAGGACCUUCAUAUUUUACCCAGAAAAACUUUAUGAUAUAGUAAAACAACACUGUAAAUUUCAUUAAGAUCGGUUUAAUAGAUUUUGCAAAAUAAAUUUUGCAAUCCAGCUUUCGCAAAAAAAUUCAUUUUUUUAAAAUGUUGCAGGACUGAAAAUAAAGCAGAUAGCAAGUUGCAUUUUUUUUUGCUUAUAGAAGUGUACUGUACCUUUCAUUUGCAAUUUGCAAAAUUAAAAUUGAUUAAUUACGAUGGCGUCGGAAACUUUUUAAAUAAACAUUAAUUUUUGGUGCUACGCGCAGGACAGCGGUGUUCGAUUCACACAAGUUGAUUUCCACCAAAAUUUCUUCCAAUCUUUAUCUAAUAUAAUAUUUUCUUACUCUAUAUUUUGUUGUAUUUUAAUAUUUUAAUUCCACAAAAAUCAAAAUAAUUUUAUUAUUUUUUGUGAAAUAUUGUUUAAACAAUUGCAUAUGUUUAAAAAUAAUAAACUUUUAUUCUCUAAGUUAAAAUAUAUGAACAAAGAAAGUUUUUGCUAAAAAAAGUGUUAUUUCAAAGGAAAUAACACUUUUGUAUGUGUUUUUAUUUUGCAAUUAACAAAUUUGUUUAUUUAUGUCGAAAUGUAAUAAAAAUUAAAAUGUAUCAAUCAUUAUCAAAGGUCAUUGGAAUGCCCAAUCAGAGCAAACUAUCCGCUGUCCUGCGCGUAUCACCAAUAAUUAAUGUUUAUUUAAAAAAAUUCAUGACGUCGUGGUAGUUAAUCGAUUUUAAUUUUGCAGAUUGUAAAUGAAAGGUACAGUACACUUCUAUACGCAAAAAAAAUUUCAACUUGCUAUCUGCUUUAUUUUCAGUCCUGCAACAUUUUGAAAAAUUGAAUUUUUUUUGUGAAAGCUGGAUUGCAAAAUUUAUUUUCCAAAAUCUAUUGAACCGAUCUUAAUGAAAUUUACAGUACAUAUUGUUUUGCUGUAUCAUAAAGUUUUUCUGGGUGAAAUAUGAAGGUCCUAAGUGUAGCAUAAAUGAUUGAAAAACGUAAAAUGCGAAUACUUGUUUUUUUAUGGUUUUUCGCAAUUAUUGCUAUUUUGCAACAAGGGUGACAAUUUUUAAAAUUGUCAGUUAAUCCUAUAUUGUAGGAAAUUUAAUUACGCAACUUUUAUGUCGGUACAACUUUUCUCGAAAAUGAAUACUUUUAAAGUUAUAAUCAAAAAACCAAGAAAACAAUCGAAUUUUUCCUUCAUUUUUUGACAUUUUGAUUAUUUAAACAAUGUUCCGGAACUUCUUGAGAGGGAGGAUAACUCAAAUAUUAUUCUUUGAGUUAUUUUCAAGCAAUUUCUGCAAAAAAAUUUGAGUCACCUCUCAACGUCCAAAUGUACUAAUAUUUUUACAGAUGCGCCCUGGUCUAUAUGUCACUCUGCUUGCUAAUUACAGUGGUAUCAUUGUUUGUCUUAUUUAUUUAUGUAAAUUAUGUGAUGUGUGGUAUUGAAGCACAAUAUUUUUGCUAAAUGUACGGGUUAUGUUCUUUUAUUAAAAGUGCCUAACUGCUAGUGAUGUUGCCGACCAUUUUGACCCAUCUUAUCAGCUCGGAAUAGAUCAGUUUACGUUAGACCAGUCCAUUUCCUAAGAUUGGCGAGCCAGAACAUAUGCCUAUGUCCAGGACAUCUCUUGCCCUCAUUUUUUCCUUGUUGAAUCAACUGCAGAAUGUGACAAUGUGGCCAAAGUUACCCAAUUUUCUGUUCUUUACGAUGUCAAUAAUUUCUUUGUCUUUUCUUAGCCUCUGGAGAAUAGUUAUGUCAGUUGUGUGGUGUAUAUAUGAGACCCGUAAGGGGUUACAUAGGUAUUGCGGGUAAAAAAAGUGACUUUUUAAAAAAAUUAUAUCUCGAAAACUAAAAAUUAUUUUUAUUUAUAAUUGGAAUAUGUAAAAGUAUAGUACUUUAGGUACUUUAAAAAAAUUUCCGCGAAAAAUAUUCAUUUUUGUAAAGUUGACUGUAAUUUUUCGACAACAGCUCUUUUUUUUUGCGGUGGGCAGCGUAACUAAGUCCAGUUCGAUCUGAAAUCAAAAAAUCAAAAAGUUUCUUGUAGUUUAUACCUCUGGCUAGUGAAGGAAGUUUUAUUAGGUGAAGUUGUUUUUGUUUUAUAAAAAAUAAACUACUUUAAUAAUGGUCAUUUUUGAAAAAAUGAGAAAAAUUGGGGUCGAAAAUGUGUUUAAGCUUAUGUAAAAUCUUCAAAUUUCAUUUUUUACUUAGUUAUGCUGCCCACCGCAAAAAAGGGCUGUUGUCGAAAAAUUGCAGUCAACUCUACAAAAAUGAAUAUUUUUGGCUGAAAAUUUUUUUAAGGGUACCUUAAGUACUAUACUUUUACAUGUUCCAAUUAUAAAUAAAACUAAUUUUUAGUUUUCGAGAUAUAAUUUUUUUAAAAAGUCACUUUUUUUACCGCAAGACCUAUGUAACCCCUUAACUAUGUCAGUAGCAUCACAUUUCAAAUGCGUCUAAUCGGUUUAUGGCACCUUCUGUAAGACCCCACCUUUCUACUCGGUAGAGGAGAACACUAAAGACGUAAAAUCUAAGAAUUCUUAUGUGUAUAUUGAUACUUAAAGAUAAAUUACAGAUAAUCUUAGUAAGACCGUUAAAAGAGCGUCUGGCUUUUCAAUAUAAGUUUUUAUUUCGUAGCUGUGGUCCCAGAUAUCCCUGAAAUUACAGCCCAAAUAGCAUAUUUUCUCCACCCUUUCGAACGGUGUAUCGGAUAUUGAAGUUUGACCGUUUAUGUUGGUGUUCUUACUAAUGAUAACUAUUUUUGUAUUCUUACAUUUAGUUUUAGACCGUAUUUGUUACAUGUUAUUAUCCAUCAUCCUUUAGAGCCCCUGCGCACUGUCUGUCAGCAAUACUGUGUCGUCUGCAUAUCACAUAUUUUGUUCAUAAGUUGCCAUAUACUGCAAUACCAUGUGAUUCGUCCAAGUCUUCUCCAAAGAUGUUUUCAGAGUAUACCCUCGGAAACCUAAUAGCCAUUCGCUGUCAGAAGAAACAAGAGUUAGCCAAGAGAGGCUGAUAGGAAAACCUAGAGACAUUUCACUCAAGAGAAGUUGAAGAAGAGCAAAAUGUGAACGUCAGUGGUUUCAGUUUCUCUGUGUUUCUUGUAGAAGAAGUAAUCUGUUUCCCAAAGUUUCUCUACUUUAGCCUCUUUGUCACUUCGCUUAUGCCUAUGAUAUCUCAUUUAUACUAAAUUUAAAAUCAAGAUCCAGUAGAAAUAAACAAACCAAGACACAUUAAAUGCUGCACUCCCGAAUCAUAAUUUACAAUGAAUAUCUGUACCGUAGAGGUAAAGGGUAGUAACUCCAUUUUUUUCUAAUUUGGACUUAAUACUUUUGCUAGGCUUAACUUGUUCCAAUUUUAUUUGUGGCAAAAGAUGGUAUGCGAAGUAUUACUGGUGGCCUAUAUAUUCUUAUAAGAAAAAGUAGUAUAUCCUUUGGAGAACGAGGUAAAGUGUAGUAACUCCAUCAGAUGUCGGAUUUGUUUAUCGGGCGCGCUAUUUCGCGCCUGGUAAAUAGCAGUAUCUUCAUACAAAUGUUAGUCACUUUGAUUGACAGAGAUUUUACUUGAUAGAUAGUUGACAGUAACAAAAAAUAAAAGCAACUGCGACCAAUCUUAGUACAUUAGUUACCACUACAUUAUGAAAAACUGAAAGGUAUAACAUAAAAGAAAAAGGAUCACUUACUAAUCGUUUUACAGUGGAUCCCCAGUCAGUUUCAAGAGUUUAAUAGAAAUUUAGUUGUUACCAAAAAACGUUGAUGAUAGCGAUUGUGAAUAAAUGUUUUUUAUCAUGUUUGUGUUUUUAUUUGCGCUUAUAUAGGCACUUACUAUUUUCUACACUUUUUUAUCUGCUGGUAUAUGCUGAGGAAAAAGACCUUAAGUCACAAUAUUGUCAAAUAUAUAAACAAAUUUUUUAUCACAGUAGGACAAUACUGUUUAACUGAUAUACAACGUUACAAUUACAUAAAUACAUAAUUUCAUAUGUCUUCAGAUUAAGAAUGAUUGCAAUAAUUUUCUGGAAUUCAUCUUAUUUCCCCAUUAUCUCAAAACUUCACUAGAUGGAUAUACUACCCUUUACCUCUACGGUACAGAUAUACAUUGUAAAUCCCAAAUCAUGAUUUCCAAAGUUUGUACAUUCUAAAUUAUGAUUCGGGGGUGCUCCUAGUAGCAUUUAACGUGCCUUAGUUUGUUUAUUUCUACUGCAUCUUGAUUGUAAAUUUAGUAUAGUUUUACUCAUUACUAUUCUUUCUUCUGAUAAGUAUUCGCGGUGUAGCCAGCCGAUUGUAUGAAAUGUUUGCUUCAUGUAAUUUAUAACCCAAUGGGAAAUUACUGUCUGCACAUGAAGACGUGUCCACGAAUGUGCUACGGAGUUAUUUGAAGGUACAUGAAAGUGUCAGUGUUCGCCUAAUUACUCUUACCUUUUUAUGUUUAAUAUGGUUUAGGGCGCCUUAAAUGUAUGUACAGUCGGAAAAAUGAAAGAAUACCCAUGAACGAACAUAUAAAACACGCUGUAUUUUCCUGUCACCGUGUCACAAAGAAAAUUGUCCAGUGCAAGUACAUGUAACAAUAAUUAUUACAUGUACUUGCGCUGGCCAAUUUUUUGUGUGACACGGUGACAGGAAAAUACAGCGUGUUUUAUAUGUUCGUUCAUGGGUAUUCUUUCAUUUUUCCUACUGUAUUUAUGUAUAAUUGUAUAUACUAGUACAAUAAUUGCAAAAUGGUUUAAUGUUCUGUUAGAUUUCUUCUCAGAGAAAAAUAACUAUAUUUGAACCUAAGCAACAGAUAUUCGGACAUAUUUUUUUACAUGAAAAUGCUAAUUUCGACGCUGUCAAGCCAAAACGGCAUAAGCGACAUUAACUUGAUUUUUCAGGAAACACAAAAAACUGAUUAUUUUUAUUUUUACCAAUUCUGCUUAUCUGCACAGUGACUCAAAAAAAUUGGUGAUUUUAUUUUUCAAAUAUUAAUAUAUUGUGAACAUUAAUGUGGCUGAAUAUACUAACUAGAAAAUGGCGCUUAUGUCCAAUCAAGAUAUAACAUUGGUGAAUAUGCCAAACUUACCUCUGGCGUUUGUGUCGAUCGCAUCGUUGUAAAGUUAGCCAAUAUGGCGCUUAAAAGGGAUAUAUGCCAUUAAUGAAAAAAAAAAACGAAAAUUAACAAUUGUCGUUUAUGCCAACAAGAAAAAUUAUGAAAUUACGAAGAUUUUUGAUAUGCUUUAUGUUUUAUUAAUUAAAAAUACAUUCUAAGUUAAAAACAAAACCCUAAAUUCUUUAAACAUGUUUUUGGUGCUAGGAUGAAAUCCUUAAAUUAAAUAAUUCGCAAAUAGAAGCGGAUAUCUAAUAAUAGCGGAUUCUAAUUCAUAAUCACUGUCAAUAUUUGGUUCAACAUCCGUAUUGAUUUGAUUGCUUGUAUUUUCCUUAUUUUGAUCACUACUUAUACCGGCACCCAAACCAUUAUCUGCUGCUAAGUUGAAACAUGAUGUGAGAUCGUGACUAAAUAUUUCUUCUUCUACUGCAACGUCUGGUGGUUCCUCAAAGAUGAUAAUGUCAUUACUAAAAGCUUCUGCAAUGUUGGCAUUAUAAAUGUCAUAAACCUCUAAGGGGAAUAUAGGGGAAUUAUUGUCAGUCAGUAUAAUCAUUUUGUACUGAUUCGGUAUAUGUUUUAUUUUCAUUUAGUAAGGCCAUUAUUUUUUUUACUUCUGCUAUUCAUCUGCAACAAAAAAUGGCAUAAACGCCAAAAAUCGAUCGCCAUUUUUAGCUAUAUAAAAUUGAUUUGAACUCUAUGCUGUAACACAAAAUGAAUUGUUCAUCACACUAGUACAAAGUUACAAUAGAAAAUUUUAAAAUAAACUUUUUAUUUGCGCAAUAUUUAAAUAAGAAACCUGCAUAAGAAUACCAUUGAUGAAUGGCGCUUGUGUCAACCACGAUGUAAACAUGUGGUUUUGGUAUUAACGCCUCAUAAUUUUUAAAGAAAUUCAGUGUGUUUACACUUCAAAAAUCAAUAGGAAUUGAAAAUAUUGCAAAGGUAAGUAAUAUCAUGUUACUUAUCCAUAAAAAUUGUAAAAAUACGUACCUUUACUAUUAUUACUGGACCGAACUGUACACAAUGAUAAUCAUACGGGCACUGGCGAUUAUGUCAAUCGGUGUUCACGUCGGUGUUCACGUGCGUGACUAGGCUGGUGUUUAUAAAAAGUUUAAACCUAUAUUACACCUAUUUCACUUUGUCUGCGGUUAUUCCGCGUUGACUGUCUGGUGCGGAAAUUAAAAUCCUAUUUUUUCGUGCAGCUAACUAAAAAGUGGUCAUUUUGGCGUUUAUGCCGUUUUGGCUUGGCAGAGUCGAUUUAUAUUCCAACCUGUAAAUCAACAACUGGAAAGACAUUUUACAUUAUGCUAUUUUCAUGCUAGGAGACAGAUCAUGCAACUGCGCAUGCCCACGCGCCAUAUCCAUACAAUUCCUGUGCUAGACGAAAAAUUAAAACAGGUUCUAUUUUUCAUGCUAUUUUGAUGCAAGUUGUCAAAUUUCAUGUUGCCAAUAUAACAAAAUUUACAAUGUAGGAUAAAACUUAACCUUAUUGUGUAAUUUUUAAUGUUAUUUAUUGGAAGUAAUAAUAAUUUAUGAUUUAUACUUGAAUAUAUUUAAUGUUGGACUAAAAUUUCGAAGUGAAAUAUCUAAAGUUAAUGUUUUGGUAUAUAUCGUUUGUUGGCAACAAUGAACGUGGUAUCAAAAAUUUCACAGAAAUAGCUCUGAUGUAAAAAGGUCAGCCUAGAGAUAUGCCAUGCAAGACGGACUUGCAUAGCAUGAGACUUGCAUAGCUUUGAUGUAAAGCUGCUUUAACGAUUUACUCUUUCGUAUCUUUGUAUAAUUCGACAAGAGACAGGUGACACAAUCACAUUGCAUGACGUCACUUGUUCAUCAACACCAUCCUGUCAAAGGCUACGUUUUUGUUAUUCGGCUAAUAUACUGAUUUCUUUAUAAUAUAUUUGAAACAUGCUUAUUAGUGAGUAAAACCUAAUUAGAAAAUGAUUUUUAGAAUUGUUGCCCAUUAUACAAAGUGGAUUUAUUGAGGCAAAUAGUUUUAUAUACAAUUUCCUAAAUAGAUACACAUUUUUCCAAUAUGGAACAUGAAUAAAUAAAUUUUCAGAUAUUAAAUAACUUAAUCUUAGAUUAUAUCUGUUACUACACAAUUUACGAAAAAAAAACUAUAUAUCACCUUAUCUGUUUAAUUGGUGUGUGGAACCGGUGACGUCACAGUGGUCACGUGUCAAGUAUGGGAGUUUUGGCGCGAAAUGUUAACAUGCCAUAAAACCAUCGUUUUUUAAUUCUUCUUUUUGUGUAGACAUGGCUCUGUCUGUUUUUCAAUAUGCCUCCAGUAAGUUGUCAUUCCAGUUAUUAAUCCAGUUAUUAAUGUUGUCCACCUUGCAUCCCCGUCGUAUAUCUGCACUUCUAGCUCUGUCCCAUACUGUAGCGCUCAAAGUAUUAGUUGUAUUACAAAAAGAAAAUGUGAAAUCUUUUGAGCAAUUUUAGGGACUUAGCAAGGUUUUAAACACUUUGCCACUCUUUAUCUUAAGAAACACACGAUUGUAACGUGGUCGUUGCGUUUAUUGCUCAAGGUAACAAAAAUUCAGCCGAAGACAUAAGGUUCGCUUUUUAAGACAUUUAUUUAGAAUCAAAACAUUAUAAAUGAUAAGAUAGCCUUAAUUACCUCUCGUUAAUUUCGUUAAUAAAAUAUAUUAAUUUAUAACCUACGUAUCGAACAUUAGGCUCGGGUUGAUGUGACGAUAUCUGGUACAUGAAUGAAUAUUACCGACGAUCGCGUGGAUUAGGAAUUACAUUAUUAAUAUGAAACGGACAUAUAAGGAGAGGAAAGCUCGCCAGCGGAAAAGACAUGUAGGGAAAUACGAUCACCGCUCGUAUAAGGAUAGGUAAAAGGAAAACCGUCGGAUUCGUUCAACACACCAAAACGACGGCGGAAAAUAGUCGGGAUAACUCGCCUCUUAUACCCCGUCGUUGUUUAUUAUUCUUCGAUCAACGCUCCAAGAAUAAUAAUCAACUAGGCUUUUCGUUCCGACUUUUAUAUCGUCCGAGACGGUACAAAAACAUGUUUUACUUAAUUCAUUGGCGUACUCUAGACGAUAAAAUUAUAUUAUCGUCACACCCCCUCUCAUAAAAAAAAAUUUUGGAACAAAAUUUUAGCUAUACCUAUACCUAACUACAACUUAUAACUAUACCCAGCAAACAGACCGACAUGUUAAUUACGUGAAUUUUGGGUACAUUUGUCACCAAUAUACGUAAAUUGCUUACGUGAAGUUCACGUGAAAAUUUGGUUGGAAUGUCACAUUGAAAAUACGUCUUUAAAUUACGUGAAUAACUCGUCUUCAUUAGACGUGUUACUUACCUUAAAUAGCAAUAAAAUGUUUCGGGAAAUUCACGUUACAAAUACGUGUUGAUUAACGUAUCUUUUAGGGAAUGUAUAUAUUAGUACUCACGUGAAAGAUACGUCCUCGGUUCACGUAAAUAAUUCGACCUUAAUUAACUUAUGAAUCACGUAAUUAUUAUCCUCAUAUGAUAUAAAUAAAACAAGCAUAUAAAGUAGUAACAAUGUAUUUAUUUAGUAGAAUUUAGAGACUUUAGAAGAAUCGGUCUUGGGUGGGCAGCAUUUGGAAAACUGAGAGAAACUUUUAAAAGUGAGUUACCCACAUGUCUAAAGAGAAAGGUAUUCGAUCAGUGCGUCCUCCCAGUCUUGACGUACGGAUCAGAAACACUUACCUUAACUAAAGCCUCGGCUACCAAACUAAGAGUCACGCAGAGAAGAAUGGAGCGGUCAAUGUUAGGAAUAACUCUGCGAGACAAAAUCAGAAACGAAGAAAUCAGGAGAAGAACAAAGGUGACUGACGUCAUCGAGAGGAUAGCCAGGUUGAAGUGGAGAUGGGCAGGACACGUAGCCAGAAUGACAGAUGGGCGAUGGACGAAGAGGUUAUUGGAAUGGAGGCCAAGAGAAGACAAGAGAAGCGUCGGUCGACCGCCUACAAGAUGGACUGACGACUUAAGAAAGGUAAAUAAAAACUGGAUGAGGGCGGCGCAGGAUAGAUGGGGUUGGAAACGAGGGGAGGAGGCCUAUGUUCAGCAGUGGACUUUUGAGGCUGGAUGAUGAGAGACUUUGUCUUAUUAUUAUACAAGAUAAUGAACCAAAAAUGGUACCGACCUAAAGACACAUUAAAAAAUUUGAAAACACAACACAGGUCACUUUUUAUUUCGAGGACACUUUCACCCUCACUUCACUGGCACUUCAACCCUCGAGCAGUGAGGUAAACGUUAAUACGAAUACGAAAGACAUUAUUAUAAAUAAACCCACCUAAAAUAAAACGAGGGAAAUAAAGCUCUUUACGUUUCACUUUUUGUUGUGAGAUGAGAAAUGUGAGAAGCUGAUAUUAGAGGUUAUGAUAAUCGAUUAUUUUUAAAUUACAGUUAAACUAUUCUACUUACUUUAAAUUAGUAUUACGUAUUUUCUUUUUGUUUUUAAAUUUCCUCUACUAUUAACUAAUUGGUCUUACUAAAAAUCUAUUUCAAUACCAGAAUAAUAUAAAAAAAUAAUCCUAUCGAAACGUAUCUAUUAUUCAAUAAAUCGAUUAAUUUAGUUUUCGAACCAACUAUGUUAGUCACGUACCGUGGUCACGUGAUAGUAUUUAAAGGAGGAGAAAGGCUUGGUAGUACGUCAUCACCGCGCGCGAUUUGAAAAUUAGAGUUAACAUCAUUUUAGCUCCUGUGAUAUUUUUAAAGAAAAUAAAAAAGCUUCAAAUCAAGGUUGGAUUGAAAUAGUUAUGCUAAAUGAUUUUAAAAGCGAAAUCAUAAAUUCUUUGUUUAAAUAUUGGCAUUAUUUACAUUACUUUUACGUGAAAUACAUCUAAUUUUUCGACGUCUAUAAAAUACAGUGAGUAAAAUUCAAGCGAUACGUAUUUAACCAACACCGUUGUAAAAUUUUGUUUUCCAAAAUAUUUCUCAAAAUUUAACCAAAGGAAGUUAUUUCUGUUUCGUGAUUAUUACUUGAAAUAAACGUACCUUUGCGAUGUAACCGACAUUCACACCUAUUAUAAAAAACGUACUAUAUUCGUCAUUAUGAUUUUAUAUUAUUCUAAUGUCAAACAUGUAUAAAGAAAGCACUAAUAGAUAAGUGAAUGAUUUGGCACUGAAAUACGUUUUUUUCCCGUCAUAAAUCACCGAGUUACGUAUUCGUUGAAAUUUGCCGUAAAUUUAACGUAAUCAUCACGUAACUGGGCUCAAACCUGUUUGCUGGGUAACAAAAGAAAGAAAAAAACGUGUUUGUGAAAAUUAAACUCGUGAAUAUCCUCUAAUGCACUAGCACUAACGUUUGUAUCGUUUCCAUAUUUUGUCCUGGUGUUCUAUCCUGGAAUGGGCGGCGGCGUCCUUACAGCACUGUCCUGUGGCGGCCUCAACACUGCUGAGAUCUCGAUGAUGACUUCCAUUUUGAUAAUUGUAUGUAAUACAGACGUGUCGUCGUAUAACUGGUGUGGUGAGUGUGGGGUUGGGGUUGGGUUAAGGGAGUGAAUGGAAUCAUGCACUAUCGUCGUGAGCCGGUUUCAUAUCUUUAAUGUGAACUUUGUUAAUUGUUUUCCCGUUGCAUCCUUUAACUGAAAAAUUACUUUGGAUAGUACUUUGUGAAUAGUAUAUGGACUGGAGAAUUUGGGAGAUAAUUGGCGUUGGAAAUGUUGUAAUCGUUCUUCAUGACUUUGUCUCCCAUUUUCUGCGGCGUAGAUUAUAGUAGUGGCUUUGUGAUGUAAACUUUUUGGCCAAAUUGCAACACAAAUCGAUGAAUUGGAUCCCACAAUACAGGAACAAGUACUAGUAACUUUACAGAAAGUACUUACAAGGACGGCGUCGGAAAAGGCCAAUUCAACAUUAAGCCCACUUUAACGCAAGAACAGUCAACAUUUCCACGACCACGUCCUACUUCGACCGAAAACGGAAUCACAAAAUCACAAGCCAAAGGUUAGACAUCGCGUAUCUGAUUCACGUGUUCAAUGGUAUAUAAUAAAUUCAUAAUCUUACUCGCGUUCAUUUCGCAUUCCGUCUAAAGAGUGUGCGCGUCUUUAUAUAAAUUUCCAUUGCAUGCAUAUUUGCGAAGAAAACAGUGAUUAGAGUUGUAUGUGCAUUACUGCGCAUGCAUCUUUACCAGGUUAUGUACCAGAUCAAAUCCUUGAAGCGAGCUUGGAAGAUAGUUUUAGAUGUCUUUCGUUAAACCAAAACCAACAAAGGAACAGUUGGAUAGCUAAGAAUUAACAUUUGGGAGUACCCGUCACAGCCAGAGAAAUCGUUUUGAGAAAAUGUGGACAAACGGAGCCUAUUCAGUUUUCACAAUGUUUUACAGACAGUAUCCUUCAGAAUUGUCAAAAAAUUGGAGAAUGGGUUUACGGAGAGGUUUUUCUCUUAAGGAAUCCCGAUGGAGGAACAUCAGUACUGAAAAUUAUUCCAGUGGAGGGCGACCAAAUUGUUAAUGGAGAAAGACAGAAGAAAUUUGAGGAAGUUUUAUCAGAAAUCAUAAUCACAAUAGAACUGAGUAAUCUCAGACGCGACAAGAGAAAGCGUUUACAUCACAAAGCCACUACUAUAAUCUACGCCGCAGAGAGUGGACACCGAAAAUCAGAGACAAAGUCAUGAAGAAAGAUUAGCAAAUUAGCUCCCAAAUUCUUCGGUCCAUAUACUAUUCACAAAGUACUAUCUACUCCUAAACCAUAUUAAACAUAAAAUUGUAAGAGUAAUUAGGCGAACACUGACACUUUCAUGUAUCUUCAAAUAACUCCCUAGCACAUUCGUGGACACGUCUUCAUAUGCAGACAGUAAUUUCCCUUUGUAUGUGUCUGCAUGUGCAGUCGUGUCCUCGAAUGGGCUAGAUUGUAAUAUGUGUGACAUUAAAAACAUCUAGUAAAACAUUGAAUCUUUUUGGUAAAUAUUGGGUUAUAAAUUACAUGAAGCAAACAUUUCAUACAAUCGGCUGGCUACACCGCGAAUACUUAUCAGAAGAAAGAAAUGCUGGAGAGAAUCCGGUGGAGUUGUGUUUUGCCGAGUUGAUUGCGAAAGUCAGUUCUGGGAUGUAUGUGUCCCAUUUCUUGUGAUUGUUGUCGCAGAAUUGAGCAAUCAUUGUCUUGAUUACCCUGUUGUUCUUUCUACCGGGUUAUUCUGUGGGGAAUAUGGCGGAAUUGCGAUUUUUUCGAUGUUGAAUUCUUUCAGUAGACUUCUGAAUUAUCUGUUCUCGUACGAAGUGGCAUUAUCUGAUAUGAGUUUGGUUGGACAUCCAAAUCUCAUUAUUACUUUGUCCUUUGGCGCUUGACAUACAACACUGGCUGUGGCACGUCUUACGGGGUACAAUUUCUACCCAUUUCGAAAAAGUGUCUUGGAAAACGAUUGCGUAGAUGUUGCCUUUGCUUGAUCUGGGUAGUGGUCCGAUCAUGUCGGUUGUGACGGUGUGCCAUGGUUGUUCUGGGAUGGAGGUUGAGUACAUUUUUCCGGGGAUUUGUUGCUGUGAAGGUUUGUACAUUUGACAGCUGUGACAACUUCUGACGAAUUUUGCGUAGUCUCUAAACAUGUUUGGCCAGUAGUAUUUUCGUGUCAGUCUUGCUAUUGUUUUGGCUAUACCUAAGUGUCCGGAUGUAGUUGUUUCGUGGUUUUCGGAUAUCGGCUGUUUUUCUCCUGCAUCAAUCUGUAGAUCUCGAAUUGAUAGUCUCCUUCGGCAGUAAACAAAUCUGGAUCCAAUCCAAGAUCGUUAAAUAUUACAACACCAUCAUGUUCAAUUCUCUUCUUCUUCUUAUACUUUUUGUAGAUAUGUCGAUCUGUUAAUUUCGACGUUGGAUUCCAAAUCUUUUCCUCCGUAAGCCAUCUGAGAAACGAUGUAUAACUGAUCUUCCUUAAACAUAUCGGGGCAAUCGUUCUCAGAUCCUAUGGUUUCGUCGAAUGGGUCCCACAGAUCUAUCAGUUUUCCGGGAUAUGUUCCUUGAACGCAUCGUAUUUUCUGAACUUCGAUAAACGAAGAUAUUCCAUUUCUUUUGUUGUGUCUGAGAUUACUCAGUUCUGUUGUGAUGACGAUUUCUGAUAAAACUUCUUCAAAUUUCUUUUGUCUUUUUCCAUUAACGGUUUGGUCGCCCUCCACUGGAAUAAUUUUCAGAACUGAUGUGUCUCCAUCGGGGUUCUUUACGAGGAAAACCUCUCCGUACAGCCCUUCUCCAAUUUUUUGGCAAUUCUGAAGAAUACUGUCUGUAAAACAUUGUGAAAACUGAAUAGGCUCCGUUUGUCCACAUUUUCUCAAAACGAUUUCUCUGGCUGUGACGGGUACUCCCAAAUGUUAAUUCUUAGCUAUCGAACUGGUCCUUUGUUGGUUUUGGUUUAGCGAAAGACAUCUAAAACUAUCUUCCAAGUUCGCUUCGAGGGUUUGAUCUGGUACAUAACCUGAUAAAGAUGCAUACGCAGUAAUGCUCAUACAACUCAAGUCACUGUUUUCUUCGCAAAGAUGCAUGCAAUGGAAAUUUGGAUAAUGACGCGCACACUCUUUCGACGAGGUGCGAAAUGAACGAGAGCAAGAUUAUGAAUUUAUUAUACAUAUACGAUUGAACACGUGAAUCAGAUACGCAAUGUCUAACCUUUGGCUUGUGAUUUUGUGAUUCGGUUUUCGAUUGAAGAAGGACGGUGUCGUGGAAAUGUUGACUGUUAUUGCGUUAAAGUGGGCCUAAUGUUGAAUUGGCUUUUUGCGGCGUCGUCCUUGUAAGUACUUUCUGUAAAGUUACUUGUAGUGGGAUCCAAUUCAUCGACUUGUGUUGCAAAUUCGGUGUUGACGUCUGUACUGUCUUUAGUGUCGUUGGAGUUUUUCGAAAAAUCAAUGCAGAAUCCACAUUUCCGUAUGUCAUCGAUGCCUAGUAUCGCUUGUGAGGAGAGAUUUAGCAUGUAAUAAAACUUAAUUUUUGUUUAGAAUUUCGUUUAGAGUUUUGAAUGACAAUUCUCACAAUGGAGUGUGUUGUUACAUCAUUUCUAGUUUUAACAUCUAUAUACCAUAGUCUUUAAAUAUGACAGGCUAAUUUUUCAACUUCCUGUGGAACUGUCAUUUCUGUCCUGUCAACGUUCGGAGGUCUACAUCCAACUCUUUGUCACUGUCACUUGCUGCCUGUUUUCCACCAUGUAAUCAAGUCACACUACAGCUCAUAUGUUACCUGGGGCAUUUUGAGAAUAUUUAAAACAUCAAUGCUUUAUUUUGCAUUUUAAACUGAUGUUUCCUUAACGGACCAUGUUUAUAGGGCUCUGACCCUCAUAUUUUUGUAAAACUAUAUUUUGGUGGUUAGGAUGUAUCAACUUUACGUGAGUGUAAUCGACAGCUUUUUUAACCGUAGUCAAAAUUUCAAUCUUUGCAUUAUUUUAUCUGAUUAUAUUUAUUUUAGGUAAGCACUGAUGAUGACUGGUAAACCAGUCGAAAACUAGUUAUGUAUUUGUGAUGUAGCCCUUUUUAGGGAUUUUAAAUAUACCUUUUAUACAGAAUUUGCUGUUUUUGUAUUACAUGGCAUAUAGCCAACUGCAGGAAAACUUUUUCCUUGUGGAUUUUUAAAACUUAAUUUGACGCCAUUCAUCAUUGAUUAGGCAUAUGGUAUGAUAGCUGUGUGUUACUUCUUGAGUGCUACCGUCUGCAAGCCUAAUAUCUGUUCUUUCCUCUUCGGUUAUGUUAUCUUCUAACUAACAGUGUCUUCCGAGCUGUUUCCCUGAUGAAAGAUUUCUGUGAUCCAGUAUCUAAUAGUGCUUGAAACGUUUCUCCGUUUGUGAACGUCAGUGAACAAUGCGGUCUGUUGUCAAAAUUGGUUGUCUCAUUACGGCAAGAUGUGACUUCUUCUUCUUCAAGUGCCGUCUCUUAAUCGGAGGUUGGAUAUCAUCAUCACUAUCUUCACUCUAUCCACCGCUGCUCUAAAGAGUUCUAUUGAACUGCAUCUAAACCAGUCCCUUAAAUUCUUUAACCAUGACACUCUCCUUCUUCCUAUACUCCUUCCGCCUCUUAUCUUUCCCUGUAUUAUCAGUCUUACCAUUUCAUAUCGCGGUCCCCUCAUUACGUGUCCCAGAUAUUGUAACUUUCUUAUUUUUAUUGUGUUUAUUAUUUCGCAUUCUUUACCCAUUUCUCGCAGUACUUCCGUGUUCGUUUUCCUCUGUGUCCAUGCUAUUCUAAGCAUUCUUAAGCAUCUUUCAAGUCCAUAUUGUAGUAUCGAGAACAUGUAGCAUCUCAAUGCUCUUACUCUCAGUUCUAAGCUAAGGUCUUUGUUGCAGAGAACUGUUUUCAUUUUUACAAACGCAUUUCUUGCUAUUUCUAUCCUGGUCCUUAUUUCUGUUGUUUGAUCAUUUUUCUCUGAAAUCCAGGUUCCUAGGUAUUUGUAUUUAUCAACCCUUUCUAUCGGUACAUUUCCCAAAUGUAUGCUUGUUUGUGUGUUUGUUUUCUUAGUUAUUAUCAUGUAUUUGGUCUUUUUUAUAUUCAUUUUUAGUCCAUAUUCUUCACAGAAAUUGUUUGUUUUGUUCAGUAGUAGUUGGAGUUGUUCAGCAGAGUUUGCCAUAAUCACGGUGUCAUCUGCAUAUCUUAUGUUGUUAAUAGAUCUUCCGUUAAUUAUUAUUCCUUCACUUUGAGAUAGCAAUGCUUCUUCAAAAAUGGCUUCACUAUAUGCAUUAAAGAGUAAUGGAGACAUAAUACAUCCCUGCCGAACUCCUUUCCUGAUUUCUAUUUCUGGACUGGGUUCGUUAUCUAUUACAAUUUGUGCUCUUUGAUUCCAGUAAAGGUUUGUUAUUAUUCGUAAGUCCUUUUUGUCUAUGUUUUUUGUCUUUAGAAUUUGGACUAAUUUUUCAUGUCUUACUUUGCAAGAGCUUUCUCAAAAUCAACGUAACAAACAUGCACAUCCACAUUCAUGUCCAUGCAUCUUUGAGCUAACACAUUAAAAGCAAAUAACGCCUCUCUGGUUCCUAGUCCGUUUCUGAACCCAAACUGACUAUCAUCUAUUCCUUCUUCUAGUUUUUUGUUUAUACGACCAUGUAUUAUUUUCAAGAAUAAUUUGAGAAUGUGACUUAUUAAUGAUAUUGUUCUGUAUUCACUGCAAUCUUUAGCGUUUGUAUUUUUAGGGAUAGCACAAAAGGUUGAGAGUAACCAUUGUUUUGGUAUGUUUCCUGUUUUGUACACUGUGUUAAACAAGUCUACGAUAAUGUCUAGGGUUUCAUCAUUUAUGCAUUUUAAGCUUUCUACUGGGAUUUGGUCUGGACCUACUGCUUUACCAUUUUUGCUGUUUUUUAAUGCCGAUUUAAUUUCUUCUUUUAAUAUCUUCAAAAGCGUAUCAUCUUCUACUUCGACUUCCAUCUGCUCUGUUCUAUUGUCUUUGAACAAUUCAUUUAUGUAUUCUGUCCAUCUCUUUAAUUUUUCGUUAGUACUCAACACAAGUUUCCCAUCUGUAUCUUUUAGUAUUCCCGGUUUUCUUUUUCUGUUGAUCUGAGUUAAUUCCUUAAUUUUUUUUAUGUGUGUUAAAAUUAUCAUGUCUUUUCUGGUGUUCUUCUAUUUCUGCGCAUUGUUCUUUUAACCACUGUUCUUUAGCCUGUUCAAUUUUGGAUUUUAUUUGUUUAUCCACAUUUUUGUACAUCUGAUUAUCUUUGUUUUUAUGCUGACGUCUUUCUUCCAUUAAAUCUAAGAUUUCCUCCGUCAUCCAUUGUUUCUUUUUGUAUCUGGUUGGUGUAAGAAUUUCUUUUUGACAUUUAUCUAUUUCUGUCUUUAUUAAUAACCAUUCUUUGUCUCUGUUUCAGUAUUUUGCUGGAUUUGUUCUUUAACAUUCAUUAAACGGUUAUUAAUUUCAUCUGUCAGGCGUUGUUUUAUGAGUGGGUUUCUUAGUUUACUUGUAUCGAUUUUUACAUCUGUUGUUCUGCGUUUUAUUAUCUUCAUUUUGUGCCUAAUUUUGGUCACUACUGGGUUGUGAUCUGAUCCUAUGUCGGCACCUGGAUAGGUUUUUGAAGAUAUAAUCGCAUUCUUGUAUCUUUGUCUAAUCACUAUAUAAUCUAUUUGGUUUCUUACAAUUCUCCCUUCUUGAUCUGCUGGUGACUUCCAGGUAUAUAGUCUUCUCUUUGGCAUUUUAAACAAUGUAUUAGUUAUGACAAAAUUAUUGUUUUGGCAAAAUUCGAUAAGCCUGUCACCUCUUUCGUUUCUGUUGCCCAGACCAUAUCCUCCUGUACAUUCUUCUAUUUUUUCGUCUCCAAUCUUUGCGUUAAAAUCUCCCAUUAUAAUUGUAACAUCCUGCGUUUUAAUGGAUUUUAAAAUAUUGUCUAGGUCUUCGUAGAAAGUUUCAAUAUCGCUCUCUGGUUUGUCCGCAGUCGGAGCAUAAACUUGUAUUAUGUUUAAUUUGGGUUUAUUCUGAUUUAAUUGUAAGAGGAUAAUUCUGUUGGAGUAUGGAAUGAAAUUUACUACAGCUUUAUCAAUGUGUUUGUUUAGUAUUAUCCCGACACCAUAUCUGUGUGAACCGUCUUCACUUCCUGAAUAGUAUAUUGUUUUAUUGUUGAUUUUCAUCUUUCCUGAGUCGGGCCAUUGGACAUCGCUGAUUCCUAAAAUGUCUACAUUCAGCCUUUCCAUUUCUUUAACGGCAUUAUGUACUUUUCCAGCUUGAUGUAGACUUCUAACAUUCCACGUCGCUACUUUGCAAGGUUUUCGCAUGUUGACGACCGGGGAGGCCUUGCAGUCUUGUGAGUUUCCUCCUGUGCCGGAUCUUGUUUUCCGAGUUUCAUGAUCAGUAGAGUGUUUGGUUAUGUUGUUAGUCAUGAUGAUUAACUAGGGAUGCUCUAUGAGCCUUUAAUGUAUUGGUUUCCCGUUGCCUUAAGCAUCUCCACGCCGUUGACCAUGCCUGGUUCGUCCGCCUUUAGAAAUGAUUUCUCAUUUGUAGGACAAGAAGGUGCCCUUCCACUUACCGACUCUUCCACCCAAAGCUGUUGGUCAGUAAGUGGGGGAUUGCUUAUACCGGCAAUCACUCGGGACGUCAGCGCCUCGUUUGUUAUCUAGCAGGAUGUACCGGAUGAUCAUGAUCGAGAUCAUCUCACGGGCAGGUGAGGUUGACAUUUGAAUAGGAGAGGCUAUGUAUUGCGCAUCACUAUCCCUUACAUCCCAAGAUGUGACAGAGGACCUUAAUUCUGGUUUGGGUUCGACAUGCCUCUGGGUGUCUCGACCCUUGUGUCGUUUCCCGGAUUUGGGCAACUGCAAUCUCUGUGUGAGAUAUUUAAUGUUCCGCAUCUACUGCAGAAAAGUAUCGGCGUUGAACGGCAUGUAUUAAAGUUGUGGCUCCUCUUUCCACAUUUCCAGCAACAUGUUCGUUUAUCGAAGUUUAAUAGUUUGUUUCUUGAUGUUUCCUGGGACAUUCUAUUAAAACGGGAGCUUCUUCUUUGUGAAGUGUUGUCUACCUCUAUUUUACUUAUGCUACUUUGAAUCGUUUCCUAUUCUUUAGUCUGGCGUAUAGGGUCUUUGACGACCUAUAUACAGCGUGUCCAAUUAAGUCGGCAUCAUAUGGGAAACUUUUUUAUUCUUAGUUUUAUGAAAAAAGUUAUUCUUUAUAAAAAGUUGUGCAUGGUCUAAAACUUAAAAUACAACCAUCAGUUAUCAAUUUUUUUAAGCCGUAUACGAGGUAUGUCAAAAAAUAUGAAUUUUACGCAGGAGUAAAGUAGCUUUAUUUUUCACAAUAUUGAAAAUUGGUAUAAUGAAAAGUUGUUUGGAAUUAAGAACUAUAUUUUAAUAUACAAUUUCAUCCUUCUAGUUGAAAAAAAAUUUUUUUUAUGGAUAACCAACAAUAUUUUCAGUUAUUUAAAUUAUGGUAACUCUUAUUGUUAAUUUUACGAAAAAAAUGUAUACUUUGUAAAAAGUUCUGCAUGGUCAAAAGCCUUGAGUACAAACAUCUAAUAUCAAAUUUGAUCAAUUUUUGACGAGGUACGUCAAAUAAGAUGAAUUUCGAUCAAGAAUAAAGUAUCUUUAUAAUUCAGAAUAUUUCAAUAAGAAGGAUGUAAUUGCAUAUUAGAACAUGAUUUUUAGUUCUAUACAACUUUACCUAAUCACAAUUUUCAAUAUUGUGAAAAAUAACGGUAUUUUAUUUAAGUACUCUUAAGCGAAUUCAUAUUUUUUUAUAUACCUCGUAUAAAAUUGAUAAAAUUUGAUAUAGGAUGGUUGUAUUUUAGGUUUUAGACCAUGCAGCACAUUUUAUACAGAAUAUGUUUUUCGUAAAAUUAAUAAUAAAAGAGUUAUCAUAAUUGAAAUAACUGAAAGUAAUGUUGGUUAUCCAUAGAUGAAAUUGCAUAUUAAAAUAUAGUUCUUAAUUCCAAACAACUUUUCAUUAUAACAAUUUUCAAUAUUGUGAAAAAUAUAGCUACUUUACUCUUGAGUAAAAUUCAUAUUUUUUGACAUAACUCGUAUACGGCUUAAAAAAUUUAUUAACUGAUGGUUGUAUUUUACGUUUUAGACCAUGCACAACUUUUUAUAAAGAAUAACUUUUUUUCAUAAAACUAAGAAUAAAAAAAUUUCCCAUAUGAUGCCGACUUAAUUGGACUUAAUUGGUAUAAGGCAAUGGGACUCUAAACAUGAAAAACCUUUGGGAUUGAGGGACCAACAUGCAAAUUAAGGCCCGGGAUAGAAAGGGUUAAUUAUGAUUAUUUAACGAUAAGAGCCAUCUGUUCCGAAUUAUAGUUUAAUACCAAGUUUAAGGAGAUUUUAGAACCUUAGGAUAAACAAAUACUCAAUCAUUGGUACAACAUAUUAUUUUCAAUGCAAAUUCAGUACAAUUGUAAAAGGUACUAAACUUAUUAUGUUCCCUUAAUUGUUAUGCAGUUCUGUAGAUAUGGAUAAUGUUCAAAAACACAAUAAAUUUUUUUAUCUAUGUUAGUGUAGCGCCGAAUUUUCAAUAUGUACAUAUCCUCGUUCAACUAUGCAGUUUUCUAGUUUAAGUGAAAAAAAGUUCAAAAUACACAAUGAAUUGCUCUUUUAGUUUAAAGUUGAAUUUCCAAAAUGUACAUAUUCUCGUACAACUAUAAAAUGUACAAAACUUAAUGUUCUCUCUUAAUUUUUAUGCAGUUGUCUAGUAUAAAUGGAUAACGUUAAAAACUGCUAUAUUUUUUACCUCUUUUUGUGUAGAACUGUUAGCUGAUUAAUAUUAGAAGAAAACAUGAAAAUAUCUAAGCAUUUUUAAAAAUUCAAGUAAAAGUAAAUUUAAAAAUGCUCUUUCGUGGUUUUUUAUAAUAUUUUUGCUUAUUGCUCUAGUUUGUCAUAUUUAAAACAUACAGUGGAACCUCGAUAAGUCGGAUUAAUCGGGACCGCGGCCGAUCCGGGUUAUCGAAAAUCCGGGUUAGCCGGGGAAUAUGGUAAAACUUAAUAAAAGACAUAUAAAUAAUAAACAAAUACACAUUAUAAUUGCAAAAACAUGAAAUACAUGUACACAGUACAUCUAAAUUACGUACAGUUGUAUACAGUAUUGUUUAUUUCUUGGUAAAAAACUCGGUCAAAGUGAAAAAAUGUUUGUUUUGUCUGAUGAAAAUCGGUCCGGGUUAGCCGGGUUAUCGGAGGCCGACUUAUCGAGGUUCCACUGUACUUGUAGACAGUGUGGAAUGUCUUAUGAAAUAAUUAUUUCUGUCAGUAUUUUAGUACAUUAUGAUAAAAUCUCUUAAACGUAAUUUUAACUUCUCUCAACAAAAAUAUAGAUAUGCAGCACCCUAUACCAUUGUAUAUUUUUGGAAGUUCCUUGGUAAGGCGAUUUCAAAAAACUAACAUUUAUUUUGUUUCUCAUUAUCUUCAAAUAAAUUAUCAUCAUCCAAUCUUCUUCUUUAAGUUCCAUCUUCUAUCGAAGGUUGGAAAUCAUCAUGGCAAUGUGGAUCCUGUUGACUGCCGCUCUAAAUAGCUCUGCACUACUGUAUUCGUACCAUUCCCGUAAGUUCUUAAGCCAGGAUGUUCUUCCGCUUCCCACAUUUCGCUUUCCUCGGAUUUUGCCUUGCAUAAUGAGUUGUAAUAAUGAGUAUUUUGGCCCUCUCAUCACAUGUCCUAAGUACUCAAGUUUUCGUUUUUUGAUAGUUAGUAUUAUUUCCGGUUGAUUUCCUAUCCUUCUAGUUACUUCCACGUUUGACAUUCGUUGAAUCCAUGAUAUUCGUAACACCAAAAUUCAAAGGCGGACAACUUAUUCAAAUGUACUUGUUUCAAUGUCCACGCUUCCAAGCCAUAAAUAAGAGUAGAGAACAUCCCAGCAUUCUUAGGCGUAGUUCUAAACCUUAUAUCCUGACAACAAAGAAACUUUUCAAGUUUAAUGAAUGAUGCACGUGCUAUUUCAUUACGUGUCUUAAUUUCUUUGGUUUGAUCUACAUUUGAUGUUAUCCAUGUUCCUAAGUAUUUGUAGUUAUCCACAUUCUCAAUUACAGUUUCUUCAAUAGUUAAUUGGAUGUUUGCGUGUACCGAUUUAGUGAUAAUCAUGCAUUUACUUUUCUUCAAAUUCAUCUUCAGUCCGUACUCAUGACAGCGUCCAUUAAGACGUUGCAUUACGUUCUGUAAAUCAUUGUUGUUAUCCGUUAUUAUUACUGUAUCGUCUGCAAAACGUAAGUUGUUCAAAACUUCUCCAUUGAUAGAUAUGUUAUGGCGAGCACGCCACUGUGUGUGUUUAUAUUUCAAUAUUUAGACUACGUGACAUGAUAAACACCAACGCUUGUAAUUUCGCGGUGUCAGCGAAAUGUUCAUGGACUAUGAAAGGUUUUAAGAAAUAUGUAGUUUGUAUUCAUUAAUUUUAGUAUCGUUUUGUAUCUCUAACUGUUAACAUCUCAAUAAAUUUGUGCAUUUCCUUCAGUAGUUACGUUACUCAAUUCUCCAACGAACACACCACAUUUUAUAAAGAAUAAGACUGGCGCAGUUAGUAGAAAUUUCCAAUUAGAAAAAGUAAAGCCUUUUUUUCUAAUCGAUUUUAAUCGUUAAUUGGGAAAUUGGAGAAUUAGUGACUUAGUAGUUGAGUUCCGAGUGUAAGGCCACGAGGAAGGAAAACUGAAGGAACCCGUAAGCAACUUGAAGAAUUCCAAGUGUAAGGCCACUUGUUGUGUAAAGCCACAAAGCAAUUCGGAAGUUCUGGAGAGGCGCAACUAGUAACUUCGUGAAAUCUUCUCAACCACCAGCUUCAGUGAAAAGCCACUCGACCCUGGAAACGGUGAAGCAUUUCCACAGAAGAAGCAACAACAUCCCGGCUACCAUACCGGCUACAUACAGUUUAGAAUUUCGACCAGUUCCAGUGUAAGGCCACUUGAUCUGGAAGGUACAAAACGUGCUCACACCCGUUCUCUGCCCGUUCCAGUGUAAGACCACUUGAUCUGGGAAAUUGCAACGUUCUCCACCCGUUCUCUACCCGUUCCAGUGUAAAGCGACUAGAUCUGGGAAGCUGCAACAUUUUCAACCCGUUCCGGUGUAAAGUCACGUUUUCACGGAAGUACUUGAGGUUAGUCGAAUUAUAUUCAUUUUGUAUUUGUUUUAAUUUUUUUAUUUACUCUGUUUCGCUAUUUUCCAACUUUUAAGAUAUCAUAUCUAGUAUUUGCAUUUUUUAUUUAUUUAAUUCAUUUUUGGUUAAUACAAUGGCAAUUAGUAAUGUAACAGCAACAAUUUCAGUCAGUACUUCUAAUAAUUAUAUUAAUUGUGAGAAAGCUAUCAAGUUUAUAAACGUUUUUAAUGGGUCCUCCUCAAAAUUACAUUAUUUUAUAGUUUCUGUUUAUUUGAUUUGUACAAAAUGUGACCCAGAAUUGCCAAUUUUACCUUUUAUUGUAAUAAGCAGAUUAAAGGAAAUCACAUUAUUUUUAUCUGAUCGUGAACAUAAUACAUUUAGUCAAAUGAUAUAGUCCGAAGUAAUAUUAUCAAGUUCACUGAAAAAAUUGAAUAUCGUAAACUAAAAUUAGACCAUCUGGACAAAAUAUUACAAACAAAAAUAAAGGAUAUUCAGCAUAUUUCGCCUUUGGUUAAAUCAAACAAACAGGCAGACGCCCUGUUAAGUGCGUCCAUAAACCAUAUGGCAUAUCUCUCAUACAGGAAAGUAAAUUGCCGAAUUUCAGAAGGUUAAAGCUAACCUGGGUUUAAAUAAUUUUUUAUAUUUUAACGAGCAAGUCUUUAAAUACCUUAAUAAUUACAAGAUAUUAAAAAUAGAAAUAUUUUGUCUCUUUAUAAUGAGAAUAACGAGAAAUUGUUUUGAAAUUAUAAUUGAUAGUUCUUCUGGUAUUGGUGACUCAGAUUUGGGAAAAUAGUUAAAAUUAAACAACACCACUGCCUGGAAAAUUUUAAUAUUUACAACUUUUCCUUUUUGAUAAACAAAAAAAAAUCACACUGUUAUAAGCUUUAUUUUAACUGAUAAAAUUCUAAAUACACCAAAAUCACCAUUAAACACAGGACCGUAUGUUAUUCAUUCUUGAAGUUAAUGAAACCAAUAAAAGUCUAACAUUUAAGUUGGAUAACGAGAUUAUUCGCAAAUUUCAUUUUAAUGUAAAACAAUUUUAUGAUGCGAUUACUUAAACGAAGUUGAAGUGUAACAUAGCAAGUAGUAGAUAUGAGCUUUUAUUAUACAUAUUAUAAAGAGAUUUUAAUCAAUGACUACAACUUAUAAUUCGAUUACCUUGUGGUACACUUCAUCUACGGCCUUCUCACAACAACAAAAAUAUAAUGAGUUAUUGCCGGUGGGUUUCUUUGUUUCAUGUGGCCCUACCUGCCCUGUUCGGAGCAUAUCCAGAGAGGCUCUACACUACAAGCCCAAAACUUCGAAGCUGCAAAGAAGCCCUUCUUGGACACCCCAGCUUCGGUUUUCAGGAGGGAGGUGUUAUGGCGAGCACGCCACUGUGUGUGUUUAUAUUUCAAUAUUUAGACUACGUGACAUGAUAAACACCAACGCUUGUAAUUUCGCGGUGUCAGCGAAAUGUUCAUGGACUAUGAAAGGUUUUAAGAAAUAUGUAGUUUGUAUUCAUUAAUUUUAGUAUCGUUUUGUAUCUCUAACUGUUAACAUCUCAAUAAAUUUGUGCAUUUCCUUCAGUA